UUCUCAGUUGGGAGUUGGCUGAUUCAGGAAGCGGGGGAGAUCAAGACCAGGACCAAGACCAGGACCAGGACCGAGAAAGACGGGGACCAGAACACUCAGAACAUUCCGACCCAGAGACCAGAGUCCGUGAGCCGAUUCACACAGUUUGUAAAACUUUAUUAAGUUUAAAAAGCAAGUCAGCAGCUCCACUCCGUUAGCCGUUAACAGCUAACAGUUAGCCUUCUGCUAACAGGGAAGUGACGGAUUCGGGUGAAGUCAGGCUCGAGCCACAGGUGUGUUUCCUUCAGAGUACUUGGACAGCAGAAGAAGAGGAAGAUGAGUGGAGGAGUGAACAGCAUCGAGGCCGUGAAGAAGAAGAUCAAAGUUCUGCAGGAGCAGGCGGAGGAGGCCGAGGAGAGAGCGGAGAGACUGCAGAAGGAGGUGGAGAAAGAAAAGAGGAGCAGAGAGGAGGCGGAAGCUGAGGUGACGUCUCUCGGUCGUCGUCUGCAGCUCAGUGAGGAGAAUCUGGACCGAGUCCAGGAGAGACUGUCCACGGCCCUCCAUAAACUGGACGAGGUGGAGAAGGCUGCCGACGAGAGCGAGAGAGGUAUGAAGGUGAUAGAGAACAGAGCUCUGAAGGACGAGGAGAAGAUGGAGCAGCUGGAGGUUCAGCUGAGGGAGGCCAAACAGAUCGCAGAGGAGGCCGAUCGGAAAUACGAGGAGGUGGCUCGAAAACUGGUGAUGGUGGAAGGAGAACUGGAACGAGCUGAAGACAGAGCGGAGCAGGCUGAGAGUAAGGUUCGGAGGUCGGAGGAGCAGUUGAGGAGUUUCGACCAAUCACUGAAGAGCUUGCAGGCAUCUGAAGACAAGUACUCCCACAAGGAGGACAGGUAUGAAGAGGAGAUCAGGAACCUGAGCAGCAAACUCAAGGAGGCCGAGACCAGAGCGGAGUUUGCCGAGCGUUCAGUGGCUAAACUGGAGAAAACCAUCGAUGACCUGGAAGACGCUCUGACUUCGGCCAGAAAUGCCAACAUGGAGCUUCAGGCGACUCUGAAUCAGACCAUGGAGGAGCUCGGCUCCUGCUGAACCUCCCCCCAUGGCAAAAAAACUCCUGCCCCCACUGUUCCUUGUUCCUUUCUGCCCCCCCCCCUCCCCCUCACCCCCCCCCCCCCCCCCCCCUCCCCCUCACCCCCCUCGCCUCCCACUGCUGGCUGCUUGGUGGACGUCAGGAAACUUAGUGGCCCAAACAUUCCUCUUCCUCCUGUGCCUUCUCCUCUUCCUCUCCUCCCUGGUUGUGUGAGGGAGGUGUGGGAUAGUGUGGUGUUGCCCCCCCCCACACCAUUAUUCCUGCUUCCACACAUUCCUUUUCUGAAUCUCUGAGUCACACCUCAGUCACCUGCUGUCUGCCCCCCCCCCCCCCCCCCCCUCCUGCUGACGGUGCCAACCCCCGCGUCCUCCCCGUCCCUCCUCCUCCUCCUCAGUAUUAUGUGAGGGAGGCUGUUUCCUCGUCCACAGCUAAUUAACUCAUUAACAGCUAAUUAAGUAUUUGUCUGAACGGUUUGAUGUUACUCUGAUUAGUUUUUUGCCACUAUAAUUAAUGAUUGAUUGAUUGAUUAGGGUUUAGCGAGCCAUUCCACUGCCAUAUAUGGUAAACCAACAGCCAAUCAGAGGUCAGAGAGACAGCCCCAGUUUAUUUUUUCUACAGGUGACCUUUGACCCGAUGACAUGAAUAAAAGUUUAGAAAUGUUUUUACCUGGAAUCCGGUGAUGAUGUCAUCACUCUGCUGAUGUCACAGCUCAUUGUAAUAAAAAAUGACAGGAUUUUAUAAAAUAAAAGCACCGUCACUGGUAUGUAGAUCCA